GGCAGAGAAGUCAUGGCUUCUCCGUCCAAAGGCAAUGACCUGUUUUCGUCUGAUGAGGAGGGCCCGGCGAUGGUGGCCGAGCCGGGCCCGGGGCCUGGGGGUGCCGACGGGGCCGCGGAGGAGCGCCGCGUCAAGGUCUCCAGCCUGCCCUUCAGCGUGGAGGCGCUCAUGUCGGACAAGAAGCCGCCCAAGGAGACUUCCCCACUGCCAGCCGAAAGCGCCUCCGCCGGGGCCACCCUGCGGCCACUUCUGCUGCCCGGACACAGCGUCCGGGAGGCGCACAGCCCCGGGCCGUUGGUCAAGCCCUUCGAGACAGCCUCGGUCAAGUCGGAAAAUUCAGAAGACGGAGCGGCAUGGAUGCAGGAACCGGGCAGAUAUUCGCCGCCGCCAAGACACAUGAGCCCCACCACCUGCACCCUGAGGAAACACAAGACCAAUCGGAAGCCACGCACACCCUUCACCACCUCCCAGCUCCUCGCUCUGGAGCGCAAGUUCCGCCAGAAACAGUACCUCUCCAUCGCAGAGCGGGCAGAGUUCUCCAGCUCUCUGAACCUCACAGAGACACAGGUCAAAAUCUGGUUCCAGAACCGAAGAGCCAAGGCGAAAAGACUGCAAGAGGCCGAACUGGAAAAGCUGAAAAUGGCUGCAAAACCUAUGCUGCCCUCUGGCUUCAGCCUCCCUUUCCCCAUCAACUCGCCCCUGCAAGCAGCCUCCCUAUAUGGCGCGUCCUACCCUUUCCAUAGACCUGUGCUCCCCAUCCCGCCCGUCGGACUCUAUGCGACUCCAGUGGGAUAUGGCAUGUACCACCUGUCCUAAGGAAGACCAGCUCAAUAGACUUCCGGGAUGGAUGUUUGUUUAAAAGCCUUCCCCCUCCCUCUGCAAGAAGACAGUCCUGCUCUGCAAACCUUGCAUGCACCACCCUCAGCGGCUAGAUCGACAGGGCCACAGACAUAGUUGAAAUUGGUUCUUUUGACUGGAGACACCCAAGCCCCGUUUUCUUGGUGUAAUCUUCCAGAUGCCACCCCCCCCUUCUCCUUUCACAAG